AAACAAGUGCCGGGCUGCCUAUAUCAUGCACACGUUGCGCACAGGUCGGGAUGCCCUGCACCUUUUUGACUGCCCGCAAGCCGCGAGGCCCACCUAACCGCCGAGUUGCGGAAGCAAGAGCACAAAGCCACAGUGCUCAUUGCAGCAGUUUAAGCAAUGAUACGAUCGAGCAUUUCUGCUCCGAUGAGUUAUUGGGAAGGUUGAUUUCAGACUAUCUCGAGUACCUUUAUCCUCUCUAUCCCCUUGUACAUCGACCGCGAUUUCGGGCAGAUUUCGAAAGCAAACGUUACCAGUCAGACCCAAGCUUCUACCGAUUAUGCAUUUCACUCUCCGCCCUGACGGUGUCUUCUUCAUCACACAAUUUCCGACAUUACGGGUUUCAGCCUGAAGAGACAGUUACCAGCAUAUUAGAAAAGGCACAUCGCUUGGUUGUCCUCAGCAAGGUGUCGCAGAACCCUGCAGUCGGGAUGUUUCCCGACGUGCACGAUAUGAUAUGCUCAUACAUACUGAGCAUGGCUUUUCAUUGUUCAGGUAGUUCAUACCAGGGAUGGGUGCACGCUUCUGAGGCAGUCCUGUGCAUGAGAAAACUAAGCUUGUUCAGACAAGUAUCGCAUAAUGAUCUGGACGAGAUAGACUCCGAAAUAUGCAAGCGAUUAUUCUGGUUAAUGUUUAUCAUAAUGGCCCACGACAGACUUGCGUAUCCUGUAUCUCACACCGGUAUCAGUUAUAAUCCAGUCUGCAUUGAUUGGGAUUUCCUUGUAUUACACGAGGUCGAUGAUGCGGAGCCGGGCGACAAGGAACGAAGUGAAGAACCCAGAGUCACGCCGCUGAUAGCCGGAGUCAUCGCCUUGGUGAAAUUAUACCUCUGCGCAGCUCCACUGGGACUAGACAAGUUACCGGGAAACCCGCGUUAUGGCCCAUUUUCGGCCUGGUCUUCAUCAGAGACGCCAAAGAGUGAUGACACCCAACGGCUCUCUCUUGAAGAAGGAAUCGACAUCAUACACACUGUGCGAGAUGUGAUCCACCAGCUGCCGGAGGAGUUUGCAAUGUUCGACCAAGAUGGAAACCCCAACAAAGUUCCCUUAUCGUUUGCCAUCUCGCGAGCGAAAGUACAUAUGACGAGCCUUUUUAUUCAAAGUAUCAUCCUUGCGACACUGUCAGCCAAUAACCCAUCCUUUCAGCAGGGCAAUCGAACCGGUAGUGCGACAGCAUCUGAGGAUGCGCUCCUCGCCGAAGAAAGCCAGAAUGCUAAUAAUCAGCUUUUUAAUCUUCGCAGGGACAUUGCUCAGCAGUGUUCCCAUAUUAUUACCGUCACAACCGUCUCUGCUCUGAAAGUGAACGGCAUCGCCGUGGUUUCAAAGCUUCGGGAGAUCACUGCUACUUUAUUGAGCUACAAAGUGGAUCCUUCAUGUCCUGCUGAUGAGGAAAAGCAAGUCCAGUCUUGCCUCGAACGUCUUAUUAGCACUUUAGUUGAGAUUGACUUUGUAAAGAUUAUUGCUGAGGAGUAAAGGGCUUCUUCUUGGAUUAUUGAUAAGAGUUCCUAGUAGAAGUAUAUCACGCGAUAGGUUGAAAUUUACCCAGAUGUGCUAU